AUGAGUUCGGUGUUGGGAGCCUUUCCGGCCAUUGUCAACCGAUCAGUCCUCUCCCCGCUCAAGAUUCUCCCAAAGAAGUUCACCAGCACUAGAUUCACAUUCGGCGAUAGUGCCGACCCAGCUCAAGAUUCAGCAGCCUCUCCGCCCCUUUUUACCUCUGCCAAGGUAUCCGACCUGAUCAAGGAGGUACCUAGUAUAGAGAGCUACUCGCCCCACCCUCUACUGCCGCUCGGAUCUCUACAGACCAUCUAUUCGGCUUUUGCAGAUACAGUCCAGGUGGAUGUGGUUCACUUCAAGAGGCACGUCUUGCUCCUGCCCGAUGGAGGCACACUAGCUUGCGAUGUCAGCCCGCCCGAAUUCGAUGAAGAGGGAGAUGGAAAGCGCAAUACCGUCGUCAUCAACCAUGGUCUGACUGGAGGCAGUCACGAGUCCUAUGUUAGACAUGUUAUACCCCCUCUCGUAGCCGCUGGAUACCGAUGCGUAGUCGUCAACUUCCGUGGAUGUGGUCAGACGCCUCUCUCAACGCCUCAGCUCUACUCUGCUGCCAAGACGGACGAUCUCCGAUGUGGUCUCUUGUGGGUUACGAAGCGCUUCCCUUCGACUUCGAUCGUCUUGAUCGGCUUCUCCCUCGGAGCAAACGUCGUCGCCAAGUAUCUAGGCGAAGAAGGCGCCAAUACUCCCGUCAAGGGAGGCAUGGUCUUAGCCACGCCCUUUGACCUCAAGAUCGGUAGCGACGCCUUAGCAUCAUCAGCCCUCUACGACCGAGUCAUGUCUAGCAACUUGACAAAGAAGUGCGCCGUACACUCGGGUACCAUUGCCCUUGAUCCCGCUUUCCAUGCACCUUUGCGGCGGCUCAUUGACCCCAAGAAGUACGCAGCCAAGUACCCCGAAGACGUCAAGCAGAGGGGCGUCAAGCCAGGCAGUCUAAAGUGGGUCGACGACACGCUCACAAGGCUCUGCGGAGGUCAUGUAGCUCCCUACGGCGGCUUCCCAUACGAUUCCGCUGACCAUUACUACACCAACAAUGGCUCGAUUCUCCUUCUUGACAAGGUCGCCCGUCCUCUGCUGUGUUUGAACAGCGACGAUGAUCCGAUUGUACCGAUGAGCAUGCUCAAAGAGGCGGAGCAAAAGGUCAAGAAGAACUCAAAUGUCGUACUCGCCAUCACUCCCGGCGGAGGCCAUUUGGGUCUGUGGACCAGCCCAGCUUAUGCAUCCAAGAAGGAGACCGGGCCCGGGGCUGGCUCCGGGACUAAGCCAGUGCGGUGGCUGGGGCCUGUCGCCAAGGAGUGGGUCAAAGCCGUCUUCGAUGCGGCAGAAGCGGACGGGGGCAAGUGGAGAGAGACUACAGAUCUCUGGAGCGAGGGUAAAGUCAGGGAGGUGCACGACGUCGAGUACGAUGUUCUCUGCGAGGAAGAGGUGAAGCCCUUCGAUUUCAACGAGAGCAAUGGAGAAGAGGAUGCAAAAGCAAGCAAGGAGCGCAGGAAGCGGGAGGCCAAAGCCGAUGCAAAAGCCCUCAAGGAUGAGCUGCCAGCAGGUCUAGGCAGCCGUCUUCCGAGCCGCGUAGCGGAUGGAGAGCCCAUCGGCGCCAAGGGUGUAGACACUGCAGGUACGACUCCCUCUGCUGUCUCUAGUCAGGGUACAUCGCGCCAGAACAGCGGUGCGGCCACUCCCGCCUCAUUUUCCUCUGCCCCUUCUUCCUCUUCGUCCACUACGAGCACCACGACGAAGCCUGUCCUUCCCACUCGAAUGGCAUGGCUACUCACGCCUCUCCUGCCGGACUAUCCCCUCUACCACCCACUCAAGCCGGACGAACCCCCCGCCUUUCCCGCCCACGCUGAGCGUCGUCUCAAGGGAACAAUGCGGCAGUGCGUCUCCCUCCCCCAAGUCGGCUUUCUCGAACUACCCGAGAGUACACGUGUAGCGGGAGUUGGGAAGAUUUUCCAGGGAGGAAUUUCGAUUGAGGGAUUGGGGACGAAUGUUAAAGGUGAGAGGGUUGGAGCGGGAGAAGAGGGGAAGAAGAAGGGGGUGUGGGCACAGUGGAAGGGGUCCCAGCCUGGACAGGGGAGGACAGUUGCUGGGUUGUAA